AUACGAUGUAUGACGUGUGUGUGUGAGCGGUGUGCCCAAUAAAAUAGCUGUGCGCCGCAUUUACGUUAUCAUACGCUUUCCCUCUUUAAACGUCCACAAAAAUUAUCAGUCUCGUUCGUAACAUCUAGUAAACGGACGGCCUACAGUUUAUUAACAAAUUUUUUGAUCCUCCCAUUCAUAGUCAAGUAUGGAGGACUUGAGUUUCGUUCCCGACCUCCCGAGCGGGCCUCUGGAUAAGUACAGAAAAACUGCCUCCUUCGACUGGAAACGCCUCAAGUUGGCGCUGGAAGGUGAUAUAGAGCUCCUGAAACUCAAGUACAAAAUAUGGCAGACGCUGGAGAAGGAUCCGCUGUUCGCACACAACACGGUGAGCCCGUCGGUCGAGGAACAGAAACGUAUCACUCAACUGCAGCUCAAGAAAAUAAACGAGUACAAAUUCCACACUAAAGAAAUGGUCAACUCUAGUUAUAGUCGAAGGACACGCACAAUAAUGACAAUAAACGAGGCGGUGCAGUCUCUGAACCCCAGCGUCUCAGUCAAGAUGGCGAUCGGCAUAUAUUUGUUUUCAAAUGCCUUGCUAUCCCUCGGUACUGAGCGGCACCACAAGUUCUACGAAGCUACCUUUGUUAAUCGAGAGACUUUAGCAAGUUUCGCGCUAACGGAGAUCGCGCACGGGUCGGACGCGCGCCUGAUGCGCACGACGGCGACGUACGACCCGGAACACAAGCAGUUCGUCAUACACACGCCAGACUUCGAAGCGGCUAAAUGCUGGGUUGGUAAUCUAGGUAGAACAUGCACACACACAUUGCUGUUCGCUCAGCUGAUCACACCAGACGGCACCAACCACGGUCUUCAUGGGUUCCUGGUACCCAUCCGCAACCCUGAAACUCUGGAGACAUAUCCUGGUCUCAUUGUAGGAGACAUGGGCGAGAAGAUUGGCGUCAAUGGAAUUGAUAAUGGUUUCAUAAUGUUCAACCAGUACCGGAUACCCCGGGAGAACCUCCUGAACCGUACAGCUGACGUCACGGAGGAGGGUAUCUACGAAUCCUCAUUCUCAGACCCCUCCAAAAUCCUGGGAGCCGCCCUUGAGAACCUCUCAGCAGGUCGUAUAGGCAUAAUGCAGGAGAGCUGCCACUCGAUAGCGAGCGCGGUUUCCAUAGCGAUCCGGUACGCGGCGACGCGUGCGCAGUUCGGUGAGAGAGACAACGAGAUCUCACUCAUCGAGUACGAGUUACAUCAAUGGCGUCUGUUCGGAUACGUAGCAGCCGCAGUAGUGUUCAGGAUGUACAUAGAGAAUUUCAGCAGGGUAUACUUAAACAUCGUCGAGAAAUCCAACGCCGGCCUCAAAGUCGAUAACUUGAGCGAGGCAGUGUCAGAGAUCCACGCGAUGGUAUCGUGCAGCAAGCCACUGCUGACGUGGACAGUCCUCGCCGCCGCGCAGCAGUGCAGGGAGGCCUGCGGGGGACAUGGGUACCUUAAAUGCUCAAAUCUAGGCGACAUCCGCAGCAACCACGAGGCAACAGUGACAUACGAAGGCGACAACAAUGUGCUAUCGCAACAGACAGGCAACUGGUUACUGAGACAGUUUGACGCGGCGCGUAAUGGCGGCACUGUCGACUCUCCGCUCAAUACAGUCACCUUUUUAAAAGAUUGGGAACGAUGCCUAGCCGUCAGGUUCCGGUGUAGAACGACAGAUGAGCUCAAAACUAGAGAGUUUAUAACAUCAACAUACAGAUGGCUUAUAUGUUGGCUUUUGAAGGAGACACAUGAUAAAUAUGAGUCAGAAAUAGCCAAAGGUCUGUCAAAGUUCGAGGCCCGUGCGAGAUCACAAGUUUACAAAUGGAGAGAGCUAACGAAGUCGUAUGCUGAGUACUUAGCGAUAAUAUUCUUCUUGGAGUCUAUGGACAAGAAGGAAGAUGGUUUGAAGCCAGUGCUGCACAAGUUGUUCUGUCUAUACGGGCUCUGGUCUCUGGACCAGCAUCUAGUUGAAUUGUAUCAGGGAGGAUAUUCACAGGGUGAAUCACUAGCACGGUUAUUGCGUGAUGCGAUAUUGGAGUUAUGCGCCGAGCUGAAGGGAGAGGUGGUCAGUAUAGUGGACGCGCUCGCACCCACUGACUUCGUGCUCAACUCCGUGCUCGGGAAGAGCGAUGGGAAGCUCUACCAGAACAUACAGAAGGCGUUCUUCAGCCAACCCGGAGCGUUCGAGCGCGCCCCCUGGUGGCGCGAGGUGGUCACACUGCCGCGCUCCAAGAUAUAAUGCCACUAACUAGCUCAUCUGUCUGUAAGCUAUUACCAGUUCAUUUGAGACGAAUCUGAAUUGAGAAUUUACUAAAAAUAUUUUGAAAAUGCAUGAAAACUGAAGUUGCAGUUUCCACUGGGGUGUAAAAGAUUGAAUUUAUUCUAUGUUAGUCAGUUAUAUGCUGUAUUUACUUCUUUGUAUAAACUUUAUGAAGGGCGUUUUUCAAGUCCCCAAGGAAAGGGGAGGAACUCACUCUCCAAUAACCUCACUCACACGGUGAAACACAACGCAAGCGUUAUUUCACGUCGGUUUUCUGUGAGGCCGUGGUGUCACUCCUAUCGAUCCGGCCUAUUCGUGCCGAAACAUGGCCAUGCAAAGAAACUGCCAUAAGCCAAGUUACUUUGAAACAGAUAGAGAAAUAACUAAAAAUGGAUUUAGAUUGGUGCUAAUGAAUCUUCACAAUAUAUUUUCUAUGUAAUUUAGCAUUUUGGAUUCGUCUCGUGUAUUAGUAAUAAUACGACGCGGUCGGAAUGUUACUAUGUUGAAAUAACGAUGCAUUUAGCUUGCGUUUAUCGUACAAAUAUAAUUCAUAUAGUUUCUAAUCGAGGAUGGACGUAGUCUACGGUGCGAGGGACAUAAUUAUUGUGACUCCCUUACACAGAUUUUAUUUUAAUUAUCAUGUGAAUUAAUAUUUUUAAUUUUUGACGCACUACGGGUGUCGAAAUUGUUUAAUACUUGAGAUGUUUUGCAGUGCACAUUGUUUAAUGAACUUCAGUUAUUAUCGUUAUCUUUCAUGGUUUGGUUUAUACCCGGAGCGAUUAAAAGCUAGAAUAAUGUACUAUGAGUACAGUUAAGCUUAGUAUUCGGGUAUUAGUAUGAGAUCAUGUUGUUAGAAACGAAGAAAUUUUGAGAAAGCAUUAUAAAAAUAAUAUUUGAUCUAUUAAGUCUACUUUGUGCACUGUUAAAACGUGUUUUUAUUAUAGAUAACGGUAUAUUUGAAGCAAUGUUACCUUGGUAUAGUAUUAUAUAUUAUUUUUUAAUAUUUUAACACUGCCCAGUGCUUUUAGGAUAGAUAUUGUAAUUAUAUUUCACAAGACAUUGUAUUAUUUUCAGCAUAGCAACUAACUAAGACAAGACACAAUCUCCCGAGUUAUGGGUGUUUUACAAAAUAUCUGCAAAUUGUAGAAAGAUUUAUUCCAUACGAGAAUUGACACUAUGCAAACACCCAUUCUGGAUUAUUUUAAAGGGGGUUGGGUCUAUGCUGAGAAUAAUGUCGAUUAAUUAUUAUCUACAUAAAUCUGAGAUCGCAGUCAUUCUACUAGCGUUUAUACAAUUUAUUUUAUGGUAAUAAUUAUAUUUUGAUAGUCGAAUGUUGUUUUUAUUAUUUUAGGGUUUUAAAUGUUCAUGAUGAUAUAUUUUUUAAUAUUUUUAUUGUUCUAAGUUCAUACGGCUUGGUGGACGGUGUCAUUUUAUGUGCUAAUGAAGAGGAGGCAUUUAAAAAUACAUUUUUAUUAUGUGAUUAAAUGUUGAUUUUGAAGAAUUUGAACUCGGGCGAUAUGUUUUAGUUCGUAGUCGAUCUUGUAUGUAGUAUAUUUUAAUUCUAUAUUAUUUAUUUUUACGUUUCCUAGCCGUAUGGAUUUCACUCUAGUUUUCAUAAGUUUUAAGAUCACGUGUUUUAUUAUUAUUAUUAAAAUUGUUUGUAUCGAUAACAUAAACUUAUAUGACCUCGGUAUGAAAUAGAUAGUGUUUUAUGUAUGUGUUCGGAUUUAACAUGAUUUUACUGAAACUUUCAGUUACUGGAAGGUUAAGUUUACAGUACAAAUUACGUUUUAUUGUUUAUAAAUAAUUUUGGCUGUCACUUUUGUUAUUUUUAAUCUACAUUUUACCUUUUAACGAACAGGGUUCGAAUGGCCGGUUGUUAAACACGGUGGCGAAUGCGCUUGCGCGGGUUUUAACAUUCUCUUAACUUUAACCAAUGUUGCAGUAUUUAACAUAAUUUAUAAUUGAUUGUUACAGUAUGUAGAUAAUAUGAAAGUCAUUCUUCAAAUCUGUAGUUCUAGUUAACAUUUUAAAUAAACUUUCAUACCUCAUGUUUGUGUAACAUUUCAAAAAUGUAAAUAAAUAGUAAAAUCUAAUAUGUUAUAGUAUCUCAUAAUAAUGGAAUGUUAUGUUAUAACGAGCUGUGUCGAAAAUAAUAAAGAGUGCAAUUGUAAUUGUAAUUUCUUUUAUGUAUAAUUUUAAGUUUAUUUUCGGCUGUUUUACAUAGACGCCAUUAAUUUAGAUUAAAAGCUCGUUACAAAAAAUCCUCUAUCGUGUUUUAAAAUUGUUUUUCUGUAGAUUAAUCGUAAUCGGCCAAUAAAUAAAUUCUGUGGUAAUUUUUAACUAAUUAGACAAACCUUACUUCUAGAAGUGCCUUCCUUUCUGUAAUAAUCGUCGUGAUGUUAUGUAGAUUGUGUAAGCUAUUGUUUAUAUGGGACCGUUGAUAUUGUCAGAUGUGGAAUAUAAAUGGAGUAAAUAUUAUA